AUGUCCGCGGGAAGUUUUUCAGCGUUGAUUGUGUUGCAAGAUUUUGCGCUGCGUGUCCCACUAGAAUGGUUGGUGAGGAUUUUAGUACUGACUAGCAUGAUGUUGCAGCUUGUUCUGGUUGUUCUGGGUGCACGCAGAUAUCUUAGUUCAAGUGGCCUUUUGCGUUUUAUGGUUUGGGGAGCCUACAUUUCUGUGGACGCCGUGGCCAUUUCUGCACUUGGGACCAUGAUGCACAGCGAUCGGAGAGAGAUGUAUGGAAUAUGGGCUCCAUUGUUACUCAUGCAUUUGGGAGGACCAGAUGCUAUAACUGCCCAUUCCAUGGCUGACAAUGAGCUCUGGUUGAGACAUGGAUUCAAUAUGGUUUAUCAAGUCUGCAUGGCAGUGUAUGUCAUAUAUGCAUCAUCACUGAAAGGCUACCCAUUAGCUGCUGCUAUUCUUCUGCUGCUUGUAGGAUUUAUUAAGCAUGCAGAAAGAACGCUUGCUUUGAGGUAUGGUAAUUAUCUUCGAAUUGCCAUAUCAAAUCUGUCAAUUUCUAAAUAUAUGGAGAUAAAAGGUGUUGCAGAAAAGUGGAAGUAUGUUGUUAUGGGAGAGGAUCAAGUGGAGAGAAUGAUAGAAAAGGAGCAGGUCUCCUCUUCACGGAAAGGAAGAGAGAAAAAAGAAGAGUCAGAGAUUUCAAAAAUAGUAACUAUUGAGGAUAUUAGAGAUAGAGACUACGAUCUGUGUGUUUCCCAUGCGUUGUUCAAAAUGUAUAAGCGGAGGUUUGGGAGUUUGUAUUUUGUUGAAGGGGAUUGGAAAGAGACCAGAGCUUUUUGGGUUAACCGUAGUGAAGGAAAGGCAUUCAAAAUUGUAGAGAUGGAGUUAAAAUUCAUGUACGAUGCUCUAUUCUCCAAGUACAGCAACCCAUGGUUCACUAAGUGGGGAAUGGUUCUGCGCUUUCUCAACAUUACUCUAAUGGGAGCGGCAGGGUAUCUGAUUUUGGGGGAGAAAGAAACCAGACAAGCACAGAGGAUGGUGACAUACGUUGUGAUUUCAGUAGCGUUUGUGGUUGAGCUCUUGCAGACAUGGCGAGUUGUAGUUUCCGACUGGACCAGGGUCCACUUAAGUUGUGCUUAUGUUGUGGGAUCUAGGCGCCGAGAAAGCCAUAUUGUUGAGUGGUGCAGAUUGAAGGUGAUAAAGAUUACUAUGGAUGUGCUAGACAAGUUUGAGGAUAUUGUUGGAGGAAAUAGAUACUUGAGCAAGGUAGUUGGAGGAAACAGAUACUGGAGCAAUCAAGUUCUGCAACACUGCCUGACAGAGACUUGGCUUAAUAGAUCUCCUCUAAUGUGCAAGAUGGCUGGACUUUUCCCGAAGCCAGGCAGUUUUAUUGUAAACUGGUACAUCAAAGUAAGGCAUACCCACAGCGUGCCUGUCGAAGAUAAUCUCAAAAGGCUCAUUUUUGAAAUCCUCAAAGAGACAUGUUCAGAGAAGUAUAGUACUGAAGAAUGCAAAGAGAAUGUUUACAACUUUGAGAAGAAUCUGUUUCGAGGAGAAUCUGAAAUCCUGAAGUUUUUCGAGUCGCAUAGCAAUCUGGAGGAGGUCAUUCUGAUGUGGCAUAUAGCUACCACUUUAUGUGACUGGCAGAAUGAGAAUGAGAUAGAAUUGUCCCAACAGAAUGGGACAGAGAAAGAAUUGCUGCAACAGAAUGUUAAGUUGAGUAGAAUACUGUCGAAGUACUGUGCAUAUCUGCUGCUGUCACGCCCAAAUCUUUUGCCUGUCCGCCCCAAGGUGGCAAGGAUUGUAUACAUGCAAGUUGUGAACCAACUUCUCGACACAGUUACCUUGGGCAGUAUUCUUGAGAAAAAUCCUGAAGAUCUGUUAGGCUGCAAUGAUGAUCUGUUAGGCUCCGGGGCAAAACUAGCUCACCAGCUGCUGAAGAAACAAAAAGGUGAUAUGUGGAAGUUAUUGGCGGAGUAUUGGGGUAAGUUGGUAAUAUACAUAGCGGUGUACAAUAAGGCAAUAUUUCAUGCAGAGUGCUUGGCUGCUGGAGGAGAAUUUCUGAGUCUAGUGUGGGUUUUAUUGGGUCAUAUGGGAUGUGGAGAACAGUCUGACUCCGCUGUAAUCAAGAAAGUAGAGAUGCUGUCGGAUAAGGUUUUUGCAGAAGCCGAGAGGAGUACUGCACAAGAUCCAGCUGCAACGGAGAAGACUGAGAGUGAUCUUGAAAACGAAUCAACUGUAACGAAGAAGAUUUCAGGUGGUUCUGAAAUUGAAUUAGCCGAACCGAAUUAG